GUGGAGAACAAAUGUCCCACAAUGCAUUGCUUGUCAUGGCGGCUCCCUGGUGUCGGCGUGUGUGUAAACAGUUGUAGCCGAGAGGAGAAAUCAGUUUUAGUUUUCAUGAAUCGUUUAAAUCUCACGACAACCAGUGGAACACAAAUAAUCACGUAUCAGGGGACGAGGAAAAGAUGAAGAUUAAAUCCAAGUCAUCGUAUCACAAAUCUGAGAACACCUACAGGUUUCUCACUUUUGCCGAAAGACUUUCCCGUGUCAAAAUUGAUGUCAUCCAUCGUAUUGACAGGACUGGAUCUUAUGCAGAGGAAGUAGAAACCUAUUUCUCUGAAGGACUGACAAAAUGGAGAGACCUCAACUUGACCGAGCAUUUCACUACAUUUUUGAAAGAGGUUUCCAGCCACAGCCAGUCAUUCAACAUGCUGGUUUUCCACCAGAAGGCGAUUGUGGCGAGCCUAAAAACUCACCUGGCUGUCAAAAACAGUUUGGCCUACGAGCCGUUGCUGGACCUUGUGGUGCAGCUGGCCAGAGACCUGCAGGCGGACUUCUACCCCCACUUCCCCGACUUCUUCCUCCUGAUCGCCUCGCUGCUUGAAACCAAUGACACGGAGGUCCUGGAGUGGGCUUUCACGUGUCUCUCCUACCUCUACAAGUACCUGUGGAGGCUCAUGGUGAAGGACAUGACCAACAUCUACAGUUUAUACAGCAGGUUGUUGGAGCACAAGAAAGAGCACAUCCGCAAGUUUGCAGCAGAGAGCUUCUCUUUUUUGAUGAGAAAGGUUCCGGAUAUUGAUGCCCUGCUGAGUCUCGUGUUCUCAGACCUGCAGCAGCACCCCGACAAGGCGGAGGGAGCAGGCCAGCUGCUGUUUGAGAUGUGCAAAGGAGUCCAACAUAUGUUCCACUCCUGUGUGGGAAAUGCUCUCCCUCUAGCUUUGCGUAAGCUCGGACCCGUAACCAACGGCGGCGUACCUCUGCCGUGGGACACCGUUAGGGAUGCUCUGGAUCACAUGGCCCAGGCUGCCGCCAAUCACGUCUACAGAGAACACUUCCUGGUUUUUUGGGAGUCCUUACAGGUCAGCGCGGUGGAGCUUCAGGGUGUUGUGGAGGCGAAAGGAGAGGAGGCGGAGCAGGCAACAGAGCAGCUGGAGAGGCUGCUGUUUAUUCUCCACACCCUGGUGUCCCACAAGAAUGGAGCGAAAAUCACCAAGUCGGCAGACGUCUGCCAGAUGGUGUUGAGGCUGAUUCAGAGCCCGUCUCUGUCGGCGUCUUGUUACCGUCUGCUCCUCCAGAUCACCUCCUCCCUACUCCUCGGGGAGAACGUCACCCUGCAACAAGCGCUCACCCAGGAGACUGUUCAAAAGGUGUUUGGCAGCACAGUGGGGGAAGAUCUGAUACUGGAGUUCACCAAGGAGAUGUUCACAAUGAAACAAUUUGAACAGCUCUUCCUGCCAUGCCUGUUGCGUUUCACAGCAGGGUUGUUUGCCAGUGCCGAUCCCCUUUCUCGAAACUGUGGGCUGGACAUACUGGUCAGUCUCAUCCUCGCCAAAGCCCCGCCCCCCACUGACGGCUCCAUGGCCUUUGAAACCUACCCACUGCUGUUCACCGGACAGACCAUGGGAGUGUUCAGCACUAAAUCCAGCAGUUUAACAUCAGAGCAGCCGCCGGUGCCAGAGCUGGUACUGUCGCUGAUCCAAUUUCCUGAUGGCCAGCAGCAGUCCAUCACCGACCUGUCACUGCCGUGGGCUGCCCUGGUGCUUCUGCCACACCUCAGGCCCAUUGCUCCAGCUAGUGUUGUUCCAGCUGUGACUGCUUUCCUAAACCACCUCCUGUGUGAGAUUGAGGCAGAAAGACUGGGAAAAGCUGGGCUGUUUGUAGCCAGGCAAGCCCUGAGCUGCCUCCUCACUCUGGAUGGCUCUGCCCAGCUUCUCUCGCUGUUCACUGUGGACAAAAUCAACUCAAUCCUACGAAACUUUCCCACGGACCUUUCUGCCCUGGUGCUUGGAGACCUGUACUACACUCGCCUGUCACUCAGCGGUGUCUCAGAGCACCUUUCCCACAAUGCACUGCUGGAGCUCCACCAGAUGCUCCACGCCAACCUCUCCUCCAACAUUUCCAAGAUCCGCUUGCUGACUCUGAGGAUUCUCUCCCAGUUUGAGGCGGAGCUCCCUCCCCAGACAGAGGGUGAGGAGAGUGUGGAGGUGCAGCCCGUGUUCGCCUUGUGCCUGCAGGCCGAGCUGGUGCCGGCUACGGUGCAGGACUGCAGAGAGAAGCUGCUUCACCUCCGCAAGCUGAGACACGACUUGGUGCAGCGCAGCCUGCCUCAAGGGCCACCCGGCACCUUCCAGCAGGUGCCACUGCGUUACCUCAUCGCAAUGCUUUUCGUCAACUUCAGGCCACUGUGGGAAGGAGUCAUUGAACUUAUUGUGAGCCAUGCUAGAGGCAUGGACAACAAGGACUUCUGGAGGGUCUUCCAUGAACAUCUGGAAAUGGUGGCAGGGAUAGCCGAAAAGGAAUUACAGGAGUGCUGCGAGGAGGAUGAAGAGGAGGAGGAUGAAGAGGAGGAGGAGAUGGGUGUCGAGGGCGAGCCGGGCUGUGAUGUCAUUGAAAGCGGCGACAUGGGGGUGCUGUUCCUGGAGCAGCUGAACUUGACCUCAAACCCCAACGAGAGGACGGACUUCCCCAACUUCCGUGGCCUGCUGUGGCGCUGCAUGACCCAGUUUCCCGACCGGGUGGAACCGCGCAGCCGGGAACUGAGCCCCCUCCUGCUGAGGUUCAUCAGGAACGAGUUUUACCACGCCGACCUACAGGUGGCUCCCACUCAGGACUUGAGGAAGGUGGAUCGCGCUCCCCUAGAGGAGUCCAGGAUGACUGUGGGUGAAGAUGAAGAGGGAGGGGAUGAUGAGGAGGAGCCAGAGGAGGGAGGCAGACGAGAGAAAAAAGGUCCUCCUAAGAGAGCUGCUGCCAAAGAACUGAUUGCCCAUCUGAAGGUAUUUGCCAAAUUCACCAACCCGCGCUCUCUCUACAUGGAGAGCAGCCUCGGUGAGCUAUACAACCAGUUGCUCUGCCAUCAGAACCAUCAGAUCCAGCGAGUGGCACUGGAAUGUGUUCUUACAUACAAAGACCCCAACAUAGUACCAUACAAGGAGAAUCUCGAGAGGCUACUGGACGACAAACACUUCAAAGAUGAGAUUAUCCAAUUCAACAUCACUGAGGAGACGGGAGUGGUUGAAGCUUCACACAGAGCUAUACUCAUCCCUUUGCUCAUGAGGAUCCUGUUCGGCCGUAUGCGCAGUAAAGCAGGCAGUAAGUUUCAGGGGAAGUCGAGUGCCACCACCCGGUCCUCCAUUAUCCUGCGUUUUCUGGGAGGUUGCCAACAGCAGGAGCUGGGAAUAUUCAUCGACUUGCUGCUUGAGCCCAUCUGCUAUCACAGUGAAGGCUCCUGCUUGGAAGCAGUGAAGAAAGCGAUCUCCAAGACCGACGUGGGUGCCGUCCUGCCGCUGGGCCGCCAGCACAGCCUGCUGAACAUCAUCCACGUUGUGAUCCAGAAACUAGGCCACCUCAUCCACCUCCACCUACCCAAGGUGCUGCAGAUCCUGCUGUGUGUCACCGCCUCAGUGUCCGUCGUGCUGGACCACAGGGACCAGCUGCGUCCAGGUUGCAUCGGUCCUCUGAAGCACCUGAGACAACUCGGCAUCCUGAGGAUCCAAGACUUCUUUGACGGCUUCGAUUCCUACAGCUUCAGUGCAGACGAGCUGGAUGCUGUCUUUCAGGCCGUGGUCUGGCCUCAGGUGUGUCGUCUCCCUACUGAGAGCCCUUACUCCCCCAGCCCACUGCUGAAACUCAUCCAUGUCUGGUGCAAAAAUGCCAGGUACUUCCCCCUCCUGGCCAAGGAGAGGCCAAACCAGCCGGAGUAUAACAUCCUCCUUAACGUCUUCGCCCUCCUCUCCGCCAAGAACGCUUCCCCAGUGACCAUCAAGGCGGUGAUGGACAUUGCCGAGUCUCUAGCAACCACUGAAGACUUUGUUGCUUCAGACGUUGAGACCGAGCUGAGCGUCAACGGCAGUGUGUUCCCAGAGCCCAAAGAGGGCUCUUUCAUCACUGCAGACUCAUUGACUCAGGGCUCCAGAGUGCUGCUGCCUCACGUCUCCACCCUGCUGCAGUACCUCAGCAGAGUGGUGCGCAACACGGGCCGACUCAAGCAGAAGAAGUUCAAGGCGCACGUGGCCAAAGAGCUCAACAUCCUCUCCAAGGUCAGUCGGUUUGUGAGCGACAAGGAGCAGAGCACGGUGCUCAUCCGCUUGUUGCUGCCCUACCUCCUCAAAGGCCUCAAUUCUCAAGAGAUAACAAUCGACAUUCUGGCAACGCUGCAGAACCUGCUGCGACAGUGUGUGAAGCCGUCUGCCUUCCUGCGGCCGCUCUGCAAACUCUUCGCCGUCAUUAACAACCAGCUGCCCAGGCAGGCCCUGAACAAUGUCUUCCAGACUCUGUCAGAUCUGGAGCCCAAUCUCUUGUACAUCACUGAAUUGGCAACGAAGCUCAACGCGUUUGACAGCCGACACUUGGAUGAGAUUCACUUUGAUGUGCGUCUGCCGGCUUUCCAAGACGCCACCAGGCGGGUCAAAGAAAUGGCGACUCUGGACCUGGACUAUAUCUACAUCAUCAUGUACAACUGCUUCCACACAUUUGAGCUUGGCGACAUGUCGCUGGGAGACAACGCCACCACGUGUCUGUCUGCAGUGAUCACCCAGCUGGCGGCGGUCGGGGCUGGAGGACAGCUCUACCAGGACAUCGUGCAGAACACCAUCCUGGACGCGGUGCACAGGGGGCUGCAGAGCAAGACGGAUAGCGUGCAGCAUGAAUACACCACAGUGCUGGCCUGCCUGGUGAAGACCUUCCCCUCUAAGAAAGAGUUCAGAGACCUGGUACAGCUCACCAACUACACUGACCCCGAGUCUGACUUCUUUGAGCACAUGAAGCACAUCCAGAUCCACCGUCGUGCUCGAGCCCUGAGGAGGCUGGCCAAGCAGCUGACCGAGGGCCAGGUGGUGAUGACUCCUCGUUCUCUCCAGAAUUACAUCAUGCCGUACGCCAUGACUGCCCUGCUAGAUGAGAAGAUGCUGAAGCAUGACAACAUGAUCUUGGCGUCUGUGGCGAUUGUGGGCGCUGUGUGCCGCAGGCUGACCUGGUCCAAGUAUCUUCACUACCUCAAACACUUCGUCUACGUCCUGCAGACAGGGCAGGCUGAGCAGAAACUGGCUGCCAAUUUGCUGGUCACCGUCCUGGAUGCUUUCCAUUUUGACCACGAGACCCUCAGCAGAGAAAUGGAAGCAGCCAAGGCCAGAGAGGCCGGGGGUGUUGCAGAGGCAGUGGAGGAACCUGAAUUGGGCAACAAUGAGGAGGAGGAGGCGAUGCAGGUAGACGGUAACGCCGCUCCGGCCGAUGUCCCCAUGGAUAUGGACACCCCCGGUGGGGAAAAGCAGGUUGCCCCUAAAAAAGACGCCGCCUCUGAAGCCAAGGUGCCGGCAACCCCUGCAACCCUGGCAGCGAGCAGCGGGCUGCCGCAGAGCGCAGGCGAGCUGGAGUCUCUGAUCAGCACCAUCCACCAGACCGUCACUAACACCGUGCUGCCUCGCCUCCAAAAGUGUCUCACCGCAAAGAUUAAGCGCGACGACGAGCACAACGCAGUGAGGUCGAAGGACGUGAAGGAUGAGGAGACGGCGAGGAUACCGAUCGCCUUUGCCAUGGUCAAACUGAUGCAGACUCUACCGCCUCAUGUCAUGGAGGCCAACCUUCCCGGGAUCCUCAUCAAGGUGUGCGUGGUGCUGAGGAACCGUUUCCAGGAGGUCCGUGAAGUGGCGAGGGGAACCCUGGUGAAGAUCAUCGAGACUUUGGGCUACAAGUACCUGCAGUACCUGCUCAAAGAGAUGCACGGGACCCUGGUCAAGGGCUACCAGGUCCACGUGCUGACAUUCACAGUACACCGGCUGCUGACAGUCCUCAGUCCGACCCUGAAGAGCGGGGACCUGGACCCGUGCAUGAACAUGCUAAUCGACAUCUUCAACAACGAGCUGUUCGGACCCGUGGCCGAGGAGAAGGAGGUGAAGGGGAUCGUCUCCAAGCUGAUGGAGGCUCGGCACAGCAAAAGCAUGGACUCCUACCAGCUGCUGGCCCAAUUUUGCAGCAGGGAGAGCGUCACCAAGUUGUUAUUGCCAUUGAAGGAGCUCUUGGAGAAUUCGUCCAGUCUGAAGGUGUGCAACAGGGUGGCUGCCGUGCUGAGGCAAGUGGUCCUGGGUCUGCUCGUCAAUGAGGGCAUGACAUCUCAAGAUAUCUUACUGCUAUGCCAUGGCCUGGUUAGCCAAAGUCUGCCCCUCCUUACCAAGAGAGACCGAGAGAAAGCCUCGGCCAAGCCCCCCCCAGACCCCAAGCUGCCCCCUCCCAGCUGCCUGCUCCUGCUUCCGACUCCAAAGAGAGGAAGUCGGAAGGCUCCGGUCAGCAGCCGAACCAACCUGCACAUCCUCGUUGGCGCCGGCCUCAAGCUGCUCCACCUGAGUCUGAAGAAAUCCAAAGUGAAGUCCUCCGACGCCUCUGUUCUGGAGAUGCUGGAUCCUUUCGUACUGCUGCUGCUCGACUGCCUCGAGUCCAUGCACGUCAAGGUGAUCACAGAGGCUCUGCUGGCGUUCACUUGCAUGUUGAAGCUCCCCCUGCCGGCAGUGGAGCACAACGCCAGCCAGCUGGCCAAGCCGCUCUUCGUCCUGCUGAAGGAUUACUCCAUGGCGGGAGCCGGCCACGGGGAGAACUUCCUGCUCGUCCAGAACUGCUUCAAGGCCAUCACCAUAAUGGUGAAGAAUGUCAAAAACAACCAGAUUUCAGAGACUCAACUGCAAGUGCUGCUGGGAUAUGCUGAGGAAGACAUCUACGACCAGUCUCGCCAAGCCACGGCCUUCGGCCUGCUGAAGGCCAUUCUGUUCAGGAAGCUCAUUGUUCCGGAGAUGGAGGAGGUGUUGAAAAAGGUGGCCAAGCUUUCCGUAACCAGCAGCAAUAUGAUGGUCAGAGUUCGCUGUCGACAGAUGUUUUUAAAAUACCUGCUGGACUACCCUCUGGGGAAGAAGCUGAGAGGGCACCUCGACUUUGUGGUGGCCCAGCUGCAGUACGAGCACGACAUGGGCAGGGAGUCUGUGCUGGAGAUGCUGGCCUACAUCUUCCAGACGUUCCCUCAGCGGCUGCUGUUUCAGUACAACGGCUUGUUCUUCGCCCCGCUGGCCCUGGUCGUGCUCAACGAUGACUCUGCCCGCUGUAAGAAAAUGGCCGCCAUGGCUAUCAAGGCCCUGCUGGCCAAGCUGGACCUGAACCACCACAACGCCUUGUUCUCCCUGGUCACCACAUGGCUGAAUGCACCAAAGGCCAACCUGCGGCGCCUCGGGGCUCAGAUCUGCGGCCUGUACGUGGAGGUGGAGGAGGAGAAGUUUACCCGUCGCACGGACGACCUGCUGCCUCUGCUGGAGAAAGAGAUCCACCCUGAAAAUUACGAAGACAUCUACGAGGAGGAGGAUGAGCGAGGAGCAGACCGCCUGCUGUUCAGCUUUCUGACUCUUAUCACCAAACUCUGCCAACACUGCGGCCUGCUGGAGCUCAGCAAGCCUCACGACACACUCUGUAGGAUCUGGGGUCACAUUGAAGCCCACCUGCGGUACCCUCACUGCUGGGUGUGGCUGACUGCCUCGCAGCUCUUUGGUCAGCUGUUCGCCGCUCAUCCGGCGGAGCAGCUGGUCGCCUUGUGGAGAGGAGAGGGAGAUGCUUCCCCUCGGCCUGCAGCCACGGAGUUUAUCACCAGCAGCCUGGACAAGAAGAUGAGGGAGUUGGCGUUAUCGUUCUGCCAUCAGCUACAGUCCAAGUUCCUUGACGUGGCUUCAGGAGAGCAGGUGAUCAAGAACCUGCUGUUCGUCGGCAAGGUGAUCUACCUUCUUUCUCCCGAGUCUGACGUUACUCCUGAGGAAGAAGAGGAGGAGCUGAGGGAGAACAUAGUGGAAGAAGAGGAGGAGGAGGAGGAGGAGGAGCUGACUGAGAACGUAGUAGACGAAGAGGGGGCGGAAAAAGAAGCAGAUGGCGGAGAAGAGGAGGACGACGCAGCCGACAAGGAUGAUCGGCCUCCUUCGCUGCUGUGGCUGAUAAAGAAGCUGUCGCUGAUGACCAAGAGAGAGGCAGCACACACUCCCAAAGUCCCCCUGAAGAGAACGUGCGUGUUCAAGUUCAUUGGGGCAAUGGCCAUAGACCUGGGCAAGGAUCGACUUGGCCCCUAUCUGACCACUCUCAUCACUCCUCUCUACCGAGAGCUGGACAGCACGUAUGCAGACCAAGAUCCCACCCUGAAGAACCUGGCCCAGGAGCUGAUAGAGCUGCUGAAGAAGCAGGUGGGACUGGAGAGAUUCUCUCUGGCCUUCUCCGCCGUCCAGAAGGAGUUUUCACAGAGGAGAGUGGCGCGCAAACAACACCGAGCCAUGCUGGCGGUGUCCAACCCAGAAAUGGCCGCCAAGAAGAAACUCAAGAAGAACAAGAACAAAAUAGAAGCCAAGAAGAGGAAGAUCGAGUUCCUCCGGCCCGGGUAUAAAGCCAAGAGGAGCCGGACCCACGCGCUCAGAGACCUGGCCAUAGUGAAGUGAGCCACGACAGAGGCUGCUGUUUUUAUUAAGGACACUAGGUGGCGUUGAAAGCCACCCAUUGCAUCCCGGAGAGGGACUCAAUUUGGCUGGACACGUCCAUCCUUCACAGACAAGUUUCACUUUGUGAUCUUCCAUAAGAAUCCUACAGAUGUCGUCCUGUAACUGCCUAUACACAGCAGGAUGUCUUUGUUACUAGUGAACUAAACGUUUUAUUUUGCUGUGAGCAAAGUGUAGACUUGAUUCCAUUUGUAUCCUGUGCAUUUAAAUGGACUUUUUGUAAUUAAAAGGAUGAGACAUCUUCGCUCAGCAUCCCUGUUUUGAAGAUAAAAUUGGCUUUUACGCGAACAAAGGUCCAAAACAUGAGUAAUGCCAUUGAAUCUGACUGUAUGGUACAUCGACAGACCAGUAAAGUUUAACAUUAAACAGGUUUUCCAAACCACACAAAUGUGGGAUUUAACUGUC